AUGAUCAUGUGUGAGAAAAACUUCAUUCACAGAUCAAGCCUUUCUGUUCAUCUGAAUAUCCACACAGGGGAGAGGCCCUACGAAUGCCGUGAGUGUGGGAAGACCUUCAAUAGCAACUCAGACCUUUCUAAACAUCGGAGAAUCCACACAGGGGACAGGCCCUACGAAUGCAGUGAUUGUGGGAAAACCGUCACUCACAGAUCAACUCUUUCUGUGCAUCAGUAAAUCCACACAGAUGAGAGGCCCUAUGAAUGCCGUGAGUGUAGGAAAAGCUUCUCUCACAGAUCAGCCCUUUCUAGACAUCAGAGGAUCCACACAGGUGAAAGACCCUAUGAAUGCAGUGAGUGUGGGAAAACCUUCAAUAACAGCUCAAACCUGAUUACCCAUCAAAGAAUUCACACAGGAGAAAGGCCGUAUGAAUGUUGUGAGUGUGGGAAAACCUUCAAUUGCAGAUCAGGCCUUUCUGUUCAUCAGAGAAUCCACACAGAUGAGAGGCCCUAUGAAUGCCGUGAGUGUGGGAAAAGCUUUAUUACUAGCUCAGCCCUUUCUAGACAUCAGAGGGUCCACACAGGGGACAGGCCCUAUGUAUGCAGUGAGUGUGGGAAAACCUUCAAUCACAGCUCAAACCUUAUUACCCAUCAAAUAAUUCACAUAAGGGAGAGACCGUAUAAAUGCUGUGAGUGUGGAAAAUGCUUCACUCAGAGAUCAGCCCUCUUUGAGCAUCAGAGAAUCCACACAGGGGAGAGGCCCUAUGAAUGCCAUGAGAGUGGGAAAAGCUUCACUGACGGAUCAGCCCUUUCUUGACAUCAGAGGAUCCACACAGGUGAAAGACCCUAUGAAUGCAGUGAGUGUGGGAAAACCUGCAAUCGCAGCUCAAACCUUAUUACCCAUCAAAGAAUUCACACAGGGGAGAGGCCGUAUAAAUGCAGUGAGUGUGGAAAAUGCUUCAUUAAGAGUUCAGCCCUUUCUGAGCAUCAGAGAAUCCACACAGGGGAGAGGCCCUAUGAAUGCUGUGAGUGUGGGUAAACCUUCUCUUGGCAUUCAGCCCAUGUUAGCCAUCAGAGA